AGCUAUUUCCUUGUGUCAGCAAAAAACAAAAUGGCAGGAGAAGUUGUCGUCGAUGCUCUUCCGUAUUAUGAUCGCGGUUACGACGAGCCAGGUGUGAGAGAAGCAGCUCUUUCACUUGUGGAGGAAGAAACAAGAAGAUACAGACCCACCAAAAAUUACCUGGAAUAUUUACCGGCCCCAAAUUACAAUGCUUUUGAGACUGAAAUAAUGAAAAAUGAAUAUGAAAGAAUGCAGGCUCGUUUGCCGAUGGAUAUGUUGAGUAUGAAAAGGUAUGAGUUGCCGCAGCCCUCAGCUGGUAAGAUGACCGAUAUUUCAGCCUGGACAGAAUGUGUGGAUAACUCCCAAGCUCAGCUGGAACAUCAGGCUCUGAGAAUACUGAAUUUGGAGCUUAUGUCUGACAAUGGUUCAAAUGCCUGGAAGGAAUACAACACAAUUCUGGUCCAAAUGAUGGAAAGUGCUCAAAAACACCUUCAAGAUCUCAGGAAACAAAUUCAAGAAAUAAAUUGGAGAAGAAAGAGUGAACAGACUGAGGCUGGAAAUAAACUGAAGGAUCUAGAAGAAAGUUGGGUAGGUCUUGUCAGUAAAAACUAUGAGAUAGAAAGAGCUUGUGUGGAACUGGAGAAAGAAGUGACAAUCCUUGAACAGAAAAAAGCCAAGAGUAAGAGGUAGCAAAGGAGCUGAAAAUUCUCAUCAUCAACACUUUCAUGAAAAAAAAAUCCACUCUGCACAACACAGAUUUUAUUGUGAGGACAGGAUAAAUCUCAGUUCAACAUACUGCAAACUAUUGACAGUCAUUCACUCAUUCACAUACAUUUAAAUCAUCCCUGAAUUCUUUGUGAAAUGUUUUUAUGUAUAUAUUUUGUAGGAGUACUUUUGAAUAAAAUUUACACUAUGAAACUCCU